AUGUUGAGAUUAAGUUGGAAAUAUCAACGAGCAUGGCGUACUGUAAGACACUACAUGAUAAAUAUGAUUACUGAGGAACAGGCGCGACAACAACAAGGAAUCUCGUCGAACAAGCCGAGAAAUCUAAUUGCUUCACUUGUCGCAGGUGCCGACGUAAAAUCAUUCACAGAAGAAGCAACACUGCGUUCGACCGAAAAUCUAUAUAAAGAUCGUCGUUCUUGGAAAGUCGAUCCAUCACAAUUUAUACCAGAACGUUUUCUUAAUGAAGAUAAAAAUCCAUCUCAUUGCGCCUUUUUGACAUUUGGUACAGGUCAUCGUGCUUAUGCUGGUCAAGAUCUUGCUUUUCUGGAAUUAAGAACAAUUGUUAAACGUUUAAUGCAGCGUGUAACAUUCUUGGAUCCAAGUAAAGAAGCAGACAAUUCGGGUGGAUUCAUUCAACACAUCACAUGUUUCCCAAAACAGUUUGUUGUACGAGUUAUUAUAGAUUAA